GGGAGUGAUAUGACUGUUAUUGACAGAUUUUACAGGCGCUUUUUUAGACUUUUUGUUGUUUUCCUACGCGAACUUGUGUUCUACAUUUGAAAUUGUGUUUUGAAAAUUAAAUCUGAAAAUAAAGCACGGCAACGGAACUAAGCCGAUCGAAUGCAUUUAAAAUGAAUGAGUUAUCGAGUGUCGAAGAAAUUGAUUUAAGUAAAAUGGUUGACGAUAAAAUCCAAAUGGGGAAUCAACUCCAAAAGCGCUUCCAACCAUUCAUACACAUCGAUGGAGCAAUUAAAAUCCAGAAGAAAAUCAGUCGCGAAAUCAAAUAUUUGGAAAAGGCCAAAUGCUCGGGAAAAAUCCAGCACAACAACGUUCUCUGCAGCAAUUUACCGAAUUACGAGUGUUUAAUCAACACAUUGUAUUCGUGUCGAAAUAUCAAGAACCUCGACUAUCCCAUACACAUCGUGGACCGGGAAUUUCCACUCCGAGUCGACAUUAUCUGCGAUAAUGGCUCGACCUGGGUGAAAGUGAUUGCUCGUAAUCCGAAAUCGUUGAGUGACACGGCACAGGGACGAUCGGGUUUCGGAACCAAAACAAUAUUGGAUCAGGCUGCCGAAUUUGUUCAGGCCGCACAAGAGAAUCAGUGUUUCUUUCGACCUCCGAAAGUAAUCUUCGAAUUCGCUCACAAAAUUGACGAUGAUUUGGCUGCUGAAUUGGAAGAUAUUGGCGUAACGAUAUCGCAACUGCCAUUGCCUACGAAUAAGAAUGCAAUUGAUGAGCAGGAUGAUGAAAUUAGUAAUUUGGAGAACAUCAAUAAAAUCGAUAAGCUGAAUUUAGAUGUGACAACAAUGUUGGCAUACGUUAGUGCAUUAACCAAUGGAUCAAAUUUCGAAUUUGCCGAUAGAAUUUUAGCGCAACAGUCAGCACUGGAAAGAAGUCUUCCGGUGAAGUCGAUGCUAGACAAAAUUUUUGAGGGUAAAGAACUGAUUUGCUGUGAAACUGCAUCGAAAAGCUAUAACGAAAUUUGUGCUACGGUGGGCGGACCGCAGGAAAAAAUUCGUGCAGAACAAUUCGUCAAACGGAUAACAGUGUUACCGGAUGUGCCUAUACCCGCUGAACUAGCAAAAUUGAAUAUCAGUGGACAGGUGAAGCCGCGCAGUCUGCUGGUGUUUUCGUUCGGAAUAGCGCACAAAGCGUUAACAGUAACAGCGAAUAAAUCGUUCAUUCGAUCGGCUAAGAUGCAGGGCAUCGAUAUUCCUGCAUUUCUACAUUCGGCCCGAGCACUUUCUGAGCAAAAGGAAAUCAAAGCAACACCGACGACGGAUUAGAAGUGAAUUCCCAAUUGGAAAAUGUGAUAUCAUGCAAUUUAGGCAAAAUUAAAACAUAAAAA